AUGGAGGGUUUGAUCGUGAUUAUGCUAAUGGAGAAUAUGCUAGGUGGACAUCUAAAGCCUGAUCCUUUGUUUCGGGCAGCUAGUGUGUUGCAGACUCAUGGCAAAAAGGUCGCAGAACAUGUGGCUAGCUUUGAGGCGAGGCAGGUUGAUGCAAUUAGAGAUUUGGUGAGCUGCGAAGAUGUAGAUUGCGACUUUGAAGAGACAACAGUCAUGGAUGUCUGUCUGUAUGAUAAGGGUCGGGAGAAGAUCAAAGCAGAUCUUGAAAGGGCUGUUGAUGCAGAUAUUUCUACCGCGAGCAAUAUCGGUUACUAUGAGGAUCGCGAAGCUGAAGAGGUGUCCGGUGUCCGAGGCGCAAAGUCUUGUCUCACAUACGAUGCCGCUCGUCUGUGGCCAUACCGACUUGUGACGCACCUGCUAGAAAAAGCCGUCUCCCUCGGCAUUAAUCUGCAGACAUACACGCCUGUUACCAGCGUCUCUGCAGCCAGCACAGAUGCAAAAGAUCACCAAUGGCUCGUCACCACAUCGCGCGGCUCAGUCAAGACAGGAGUAGUCGUGUAUGCUACCAACGGUUACACUUCAGCUCUAAUACCUGAGAUGAAAGAUAAAAUCGUUCCAGUGAAAGGCAUAGUGGCGCGACUCGCGGGCACAAAGAUAGAGAGACUGACAGAUAGCUACAUGAUGCGACUUUCGGAGUUUGAGUACGACUACAUGAUUCCGAGGCCAGACGGUAGUGUUAUUGUAGGAGGUGCCAAGCAGGAUUUCUUCAAGAAUUUGGACGAAUGGUUCGACAAUUCCGACGAUAGCAAUUUAAUCAAGGGCGCGCGACGGUACUUCGACGGGUACAUGCAACGGCAUUUCUAUGGAUGGGAAAACAGCGACGUUCGCACUGAAGAUGUUUGGACCGGCACUGAUUCGAUCCUCUCCCUGUUAGUAAUGGGCUACUCGAAUGACGGAUUUCCAUACGUAGGUCCGACUCCUGGCAGAUCCGGCCAAUACCUGUGCGGGGGGUUCAGCGGCCACGGUAUGCCGCAGAUUUUCCUCUCCGCGAAAGCUGUUGCUUCCAUGAUCGUUACGGGUGACACGGAGAACGUGGAUCUGCCUCUCCCAUAUCGUAUUUCGCACACCAGAUGGAGUCAGCCGACGGAGCAUGUGUCUUUGAAGUUGUGGAAACAGAUCGUGGAAAGCGAUCCUGUCCGGGCAGUGUUGUGA